AUGGUCGCCGCAAAGAAGCACAUCCCGAUCGUGAAGAAGAAGACCACGCGCUUCACCCGUCACCAGAGCGAUCGGUUCAUGCGUGUGGACCCGUCAUGGAGGAAGCCAAAGGGUAUCGACAACCGAGUGAGGAGACGUUUCAGUGGUCAGGCCGCUAUGCCCAAGAUCGGCUACGGCAGCAACAAGAAGACCCGCCACAUGAUGCCUUCCGGCCACAAGGCCUUCCUCGUCAAGAAUACCCGCGACCUCGAGCUCCUUCUCAUGCACAACAAGACAUACGCUGCGGAAAUCGCCAGCGCAGUCUCAGCACGCAAGCGGAUAGAAAUCGUCUCCCGCGCCAAGCAGCUCGGCGUCAAGGUCACCAACGGCAAGGCGAAGAUCUCUACUGAGUCAUAG